AUGGGCUUCCGAACGAUUAGUGACGACGUCAAACUACGUGCUUUGCAUCUGAUUGACAGGGGACUCGAACGCGAAGCAAUAUGUAGCAUUAUUGGCGUGUCUCUUGCUAGCUUGACACGAUGGAAACACAAUUUCGAGGAAUACGACUCCCUUGCUCGACCUCCCCGGUCCAUUCGUGGCCGACCCUCUCGGACGACGGGCGAGCAGCGGUCCGACAUCCUGAAUCUACUUAUAGAGGCUCCAGACCUCUAUCUUGACGAAGUCCAGCAGUGGCUUGCUAUUGCCCACGAAUUGGCUCUCUCGAAGACCGCGAUCCAUGACCUCAUCAACGACUCUGGCUAUACCUACAAGAAGCUGCAGAAGUCUGCCAUUGAGAGGGAUGAAGAACAACGGGCUACGUGGCGUCAGACUGAAGGGGAUCGAGCUCCGAUGACAAAUCCUUUGGCCAGAGGAGUAAGAUAUAGUGUUGUAGCAGCCCUGUCCCUCUCGGGAUACGUGUCGACACGUGUUGUGGAGGGCUCCGUCAACGCAUACGAAUUCUUUGACUUCAUUGUCGAGGAAGUGCUUCCGCGCAUGAACCCAUAUCCACAAGACCAGAGUGUCCUCAUCCUCGACAACUGCUCGAUCCACAAAAUGGACACGCUACGCCGUGUUGUUGAGGGACAAGGUCUGUGUCUCAUGUUGCAAUCUCUCAUCACACGGUGGUCCUGA